AUGAAGAACCAAUAGUUAUUAUAUACUACAAAGUGGGUGCAGGAUAAAGAAGCUAAAUGUUGUAAGAAAUGCUAAACCCCAUUUAAGGCGAUAUUCAAAAGGAAACAUCACUGUCGAAAUUGCGGUGAGGUAUUUUGCGAUAGGUAUUGAUUUUGUCCUAGAGCUUAAAAUAGUUGUUCGAAUUUCUUUAUGGAUAAAACUAACUUUAAAAACUUUUAGGAGAUCAAAAAAAAUAAAGUAUAAUUGUACUUUGAAUAAUAAGGUUCGAUUAUGUUAGGAUUGUUUUAAUGACAUCAACAAGAAGUUAAUAGAAAAUGGAGAUAUUGUUGAAGAUAAGAAUACCAUUGGUAUUGAUGAUUCAUAAUAAAUGAGAAGACAUUCUAAAUCAUUUAAUAUUAUUAAUGAGAAAUUGCCAGAAUCUGCUAAUGAUGUAUAUAUAUAUUAUUAAUAUAUCCAAGUAGUCCCCUCCUCCUAUUUUAUAAUUAGUACCUUAAACGAUUAAUGAUUAAAAAACAACAAUUUUGCCUAUGCUUAAGGUUCAAAUUCCAGAGACAAUUACAAUAGGCGAUGACAUAGAACGAAAGUAAAAGAAAUUAGAAUAGAAGAUGAUUUCUACAAUAGAAGACUUUGUGGAAAGAAGAACCAUAGUUUAUGGUAUAAAAGAGAAUUGGUAAGGAGUGAUGACAUAAUUUAUCAAAAAUUCAAUUGAAGACUUAAAGUAUCAUUAUAUUGAUAAUUAAUCGAAAGUGAAAAAUAAAGUGAGAUAUAUCAAAAUCAAAAUAAUUCCAUUUAUUAAUUAUGCAGCUACUAGAUAUUAAAGGGGAGUUACAAUAAGAAAAAAUAUAGCUCAUAAAAGAAUGAAAACACAUCAUAAAUCACCAUCAUUUUUAUUACUGAGUGGAUCUUUAGAUUUAGAUAUUCAAAAUUUUGAUAAUGUGGUAAAGAAUUAGAAUAAGUAUAUACAAUAAGCAUUAGAGUAAAUAGAUAUACUAAAUCCUAAUAUUAUUUUAGUUGAGAAAAGCAUAAAUACUAUUUUAUUAAAUGAAUUAGUUAAAAAGGAUAUAACCGUUUCUAUUCAAUGUAGUUACAAAUAACUUUUAAAAGUUGAAUAAGCAGUUCAAGGUAGAAUAUAGAAGGCUGUAGAUGUUUUUAAUAAGUGUUGUUCUAAAGAUUGUCUUGGUAAAUCUCAUACAGCAUCUUAUGUUUGUUGUGAUCCAGAAACAAUAAAAUAAAAUUUAAAUUUGUAUAAUAAAUUGGAUGAAAGAGAUAAGUCUUUACUUGAAAUACAUUUAGAAAAAAAGAAAAAUAGAGAUAACACAUUAUUAUUUAUUUAAACACCAUAAUCAAGUAACUCUUUUUAGAUGACUUUAAGUGGACCUAGAAUUAAUGAAUUGAUUAAUGUGAAAUAAUGUUUUUAAGAACUUUUUUGUAUUUGUUACUAAAUGUCUUUAGAAUUUGAAAUGAUUUUAUUAGAUUAUAAAAUUAGAUAAGAUUUAGAAUUAAAAUAUAAAUAGAUUGAUAAUGAAAAUUCUCCUAUGAUUACUUGUGGAGAGAUUUCAGAUUUUUCAGUAUAAUUGAUGACAGAUUAUGAAAAUUCUAAAAUUAAACUUUGCAAAUUGAGAUACUAUCCUGCUGUUAUCAAUAAAAUACAUGAUAUACAAAAAAAGAAUAAGUAAAUAUUAUAUCAUUAAUAUCAGUGAUGAGAGUUUGGAAAACUAUAUCUUAGAGAAUAUCAAAAAUAUUAAUAAUAAGAAAAUACCAUAUUUUUGUUAAUUAUGUGAUUGUUAAAAAGAAAUAGUUAGUUUUUAUGAAAGUUCUGGAUAAAAUUAAGAAGACGUAAGUUUAGGGAAGUAUAUUAGUGAUAAAGCUAUGAUUCAAGGUUCAAAAUGUGGAAAUUGUUAAACAAAAAAGAUUAAUCAUGUAUCAAUUAGAUAUGGUCCAGGAGCAUUUGUUAGAUGUGUAGUAGAAAAGAAAAAAUAAUAAAAUUUAUAAGUUAAAGCUACUACUAAUCAAAUAAAGAAAGCAACUAGUUUUUUAUAUCCAUAAUCUUUAAAUGAUGAGAUUUCUACAUAAUGUGAUAAUUUAAUUGGAGAUUUAGAACCAAAAAUAUAAUAAUAAGUAGAAUUAAAUAUUAUUACUUAUAUUAAAUGUCUUAAUACUAAUUGUGAUAAAUAAUUAACUAAAUCUUUUAAAUUAGAAAAGAAUCAAUUGGAAUUUUCAUUUUAUAGAUUAAUACAAUAUCUUAUUAAGAAUUCUUUAAGAUUAAAGAAAACAAAUAAGAAAGAUUGGCUUAUAUUUGAAGGAGAAAUAAAAGAAUAAGCAGAUAAAUAAUCAGAUACAUGUAAUCAUAAUUAAACAGAAAGAGUAUUUGAAUGUGAUGAAUAUUAAAUAAAGUUGUUUACAAACUUAUUUGAUAUUUAUAAGAUUAAAAAUUUUCAAUUUGAUUGUUAAGAAGUUAAAUAACAUAUAGAAAAAUGUGAUAAAGAAGAAAUAGAUAAAAGAAAAGAUAAUUUAAUCUUUUAUUUACAAAAAUUAUUUUAAUUAAUUUCAAGUGGAGAUAAAAGUGUAAGAAGUAGUUAUAUGACAGCAUCAACACAAUCAAAUUCAUUUGUAAUAUCUGAUAAAAAUCCUGAAACAUCUUUAGGAAUUCUAGGCAAUUUUAUUGAAAGAUUAACAUAAACCUCUUUUUCUGAUUUUAUUUCAUUAGAAUAAGAGAGUAUGCAAGUUUAUUAACGUUUAUAUUAAAUAGAAAUGGCUGAAUAAUUAAGAAUAGCGGCAAAAUAAAAAAGUGAAUCAGAUUUUCUUAGAUCAAAAACAUCUAUGUUCUCAUUAGUUUCAAGUGAAAGUGGUCCUUCUAUGAAAUAUUCAUUGAGAAAAACAUAAAAAGAACCUUCUACUUUAAUAUCAUCUUAAUAAAUUAAUAUUGAAAAUUAAUUUCCUCUUUAAAAUUAGUCUCCUAUACAAUACACUUAAUCACCUGAAUCUCCUACUUAAGAACAUCUAACUUAAUAUGAAGAAUAAUCAGAUGCAGGAACAGAAAAAAUGGAAUAUGAAUUAAAUUCAUAGAAUUUAUUUAAAUAUUAUUUUGAGAAAUGGCCAAGACAAGCUAUUAAUUCUGAUUAAACAAAUUUACAAAUAAAAUCAUUUUUUGAAUAUAUUCCUAUUUAUAAUCAAAAUGAUAUUGGUUUAAUUGCAGCUGCUUUGAAUCAUCCAAAAUAUUAUGAUUUAUAUGAAUAUAAAUAUAGAUUUACUGAAUUUUAGGGAAAAAUUGAAAAUAAAUCUUUAUAAUAGGAAGUAGAAAUUGAAGCAGCAAAAAUUUUAAAAGAAUAAACUAAAUUAGCUAUUAUUGAAGAAUUUCAAUUAAAAAUAACUAAAUUUACUUCAUAAAUAAAAAAAACUAGUUCCAAUAAUUUAUAAGAUAUAGAAGAAGAAGACCAAUAAACUAUUAGUUAACCAUCAGCAGCUGAGUCUCCUAGAAAACCAUCUAAAUCAAUAUCAAUUUAAUUAUAUUAUCCUAAAUAAUUUGAAUGUAUUAGAAUGUUAAAUGGAAUUAAAAUCAAAUAAUUUAUUAAAUCUAUUGCAAGUUGUUCUAAUUGGAAUUCAGCAGGAGGCAAAAGUGGAUCAACUUUUUAUAAAUCAUCUGAUAAUUUAUUUAUUUUUAAGGCAGUUAAAGAAUCUGAAUUUAAUAUGUUUGAAUCAUUUGCUCCUAAAUACUUUGAACAUCUUUAUUCAAAUAUAUUUUUACAAAAACCUUCUGUUCUUAAUAAAAUUUAUGGAAUGUUCACUAUUAAAAAUUCUAGAGGUAUUACAUAUUUUAUUGCUAUGGAAAAUCUAUUUUGGGGUUUAGAAGGUGAUUUAACCGUUUAUGAUCUUAAAGGUAGUAAGGCAAAAAGAUGGAAUCGUAAAAAUCUAAAAACUUUACUUGAUACUAAUUAUAUUAUUGAUAGGAAUGGGGAACCUUUACCUAUUCAAGAAUAAGAUUACUAUUUUUUAGAAAAAGCACUUGAAUCAGACUCUUAGUUUUUACUUGAUGUUGCUGUUGUUGAUUAUUCAUUAUUAUUAAUAAUAGAUAAGUAAAAUUAAUAGAUUAAAUUAUCAAUAAUUGAUUACUUGUAGUGUUAUGAUUUAUUGAAAAAAAUGGAAACUACGUAAUAUUUUUAAUUUAUAUUUAGAUUAAAAACUGCUAUCAAUUUAGGAAUUGAUCCAACUAUUAUAAAACCAGAAGAAUACUAAAUUCGAUUUAUUAAAGCAAUGAAAUAAUACUUUAUGGGAAUAUACUCAUCACUAUGA